GAUACAAAACAUGAAUAUUGUAUUUGGAAAACAGCUGAUGAAAGUAUUUAGCUUCAUUUUUUAGCAUUUAAUUUAAUCUAUCAUUGAUUAACAAUAAUCAUGUCAAAUUUAGAUUUGUCCGAUAUCUUUUUACAAGACAUAGAACUUCAAGAAUUAGGUCCAUCAUUAUUCAGCAGGUUGCCGGCGACAUCCGCCCCCACACAGGGCCCGAGGACCAAGCUUCAGCCCCAGCAGAGUACUGUCUGGACAAGGAGGAUGAACGCUGUUUGUGUUCGGAGGGCAAGGAAGACUUACGGCAGCAAGUCAAACCAACAUGUCAUCUUGGAUAAUCUAAACAUGACUGUGCCAAAGGGUUGUAUAUAUGGCUUGCUGGGAGCUAGUGGCUGUGGUAAAACAACAUUAUUAAGCUGCAUCGUUGGCAGAAGAACUCUGAACAGCGGAGAGAUCUGGGUGUUAGGGGGAAAACCCGGAACUAGGGGGAGUGGAGUACCUGGUCCCAGGAUAGGCUACAUGCCUCAGGAAAUGGCCCUAUAUGGAGAGUUCACGAUCAAGGAAACAAUGCUCUACUUCGGCUGGGUUAAUAACAUGAAGACAGAAGAAAUAGAGGAGAGAUCUGCCUUCCUCUUCAACCUUCUGCAGCUCCCUGGGCCAAAUAGAUACGUUAAAGAAUUAAGCGGAGGACAACAAAGGAGAGUAUCAAUGGCGGCCACAUUCCUUCACCAACCAGAGCUGUUAAUUCUGGAUGAACCAACUGUUGGAGUUGAUCCACUUAUCAGGCAAAGCGUAUGGGACUACUUGGUUGAAAUAACAAGAGAGAAAACAACAACUAUAAUCAUCACUACACAUUAUAUUGAUGAAACUAAACAAGCCACGACUAUUGGUCUCAUGAGAGGAGGAAGAUUUUUGGCUGAAGAUUCUCCAGCUGCAAUCUUGAGAAAAUACAAUACAGAUUCAUUAGAAGAAGCUUUUCUCAAGCUAAGCAUUCUACAAAACCGAGGAAAAAGGAGGAGGAGCAGUAUAAGUUCCGAUAUUGUUGCAGCCAAGGCAGCCGCAAUGCCGGAGCUGGAAACCAUUGGAGCUGCAAACGAAGCAUUUGACAGUCAAUCAGAAAUCAGCGGAGAAUUCGGUGACAACAUGAGCAUAGCAAGUGUGCCGGCUGUCAUCAAACCAGAUAAUGCUGAUCCAUUGCCACCUGAUGAUGAAGUUGACUUCAAUUGGAAAGACAUGUUUUAUCUAAUGCAAUCCCACCAUAUGAAAGCACUAAUCUGGAAAAACGUACUUUGGAUUUGGAGGAACUUACCUAUGAUGUUGUUCAUUUUCGGAAUUCCGGUCUCCCAAAUGUCUUUCUUUUGCUGGUCUAUUGGUCACGAUCCUGUUGGGCUUAACCUUGCUGUUGUUAACCGUGAAGUCCCCCUCAAGACAUUCUGCACCUACAAUACUUCCUGUUCUUUUGAGAGUAUGAGCUGUCGAUAUCUGAAGCACAUGUCAGAUUGGAAACACAACCUGAUACCAUACUCCUCCGCAGAAGAAGCGAAAUAUGCCGUGAAGAGGAACUGGGCCUGGGCUUACAUUGACAUUCCGCCAAACUUUUCAGAAAUGCUCGCUUUGAGAGUAGAAACUGGAAAAGACGCAAACAAUACUAUCAUAGACGGGAGCCAAGUAUCCAUCUACCUCGACAUGUCCAAUCAACAAAUUGCUUAUUUGCUGCAAAGGCAAAUCAUAACAGCUCUUAAGAGUUUUGCAAAAGACAUGGCAGGUGCUUGCAGUGUGCCAGAAAGUAUGUUGGAUGUUCCUAUGAAGAUGAAUGAUCCAAUAUAUGGACCAUCAGUUCCAAAUUUUACUGAUUUCGCAGCUCCAGGAGUAAUGUUGACGAUUGUUUUCUUUAUUGCGGUUUCUUUGACAUCAGGUACGAUGAUGAUAGAGAGGGAUGAAGGUAUUUUGGAAAGGUGCCUUGUUUCAGGAAUCACAGGCUUAGAAAUUCUGAGUGCACACGUUGUAACACAGUUUUUUGUGAUGUUAUGUCAGGCUAUCGUGACUACUGUUACAGCUUUGUAUGUAUUUAAUAUAUCCAAUGAAGGAGAUAUAGUCUGGAUUACAUUGAUGAUGGUCUUAAGUGGAGUAUGUGGAAUGACUUAUGGUUUUGUGUUAUCUUCUAUUUGUGACAACCUCAGAAAUGCUACUUACCUCUCUGUUGGUAGUUUCUUGCCAUUUAUAAUGCUUUGUGGAAUCAUCUGGCCUGUACAAGGAAUGAGCAAGCUCUUACAAAUGGUUAGCUUCUUCCUCCCGCUGACUCUUUCGACGGAAUCACUUCGUUCAAUCCUCGCCAGAGGAUGGGACAUCCACCAUCCGGUAGUUUAUAAUGGCUUCCUUGCUUUAGGCGCCUGGACUAUCAUUUUUAUGAUAAUAAGUGUGCUUCUGUUAAAAUUUAAGAGAGGCUAGAAUAAUUUAAUUUGAAUUUAGGACUAUCAUUUUAAUAAGAGCGAGUGAUUUGGAAAUAAGAUUCUUACGACAUCUUGCUCUUAAGAAUAUGUACUAAUGCAUUGAAAUGCAAAUAGAUGCUGUAUUUAAUAAGAAGAUUUAUAUAUCAGCGAUGAAUUAAUCUUCUUGUUACUAUUUAUGCUUUGCCAUCAAACUGAACUGUGAUCCAUUAGUCUAAAAUACAUUUAAGAUUUCUAGUUCUUAACUUAGGAAAAUUAUUUAAUUCCAAAUAAACUAUUCUUAGAGAAAAAAAAAAUUUUAACAUAGAUAAUCUAGGUCUGUUAAGGAAUCUAUUUGAUUUUUUUAUUAAUUCUGACAAAUCUAGUCCUCAUUUGAUUAACUCUAACCAUGACAAUGCAGUUAGUUUAUGCCAGUCAAGUUAAAACUAUUUUAAAUAAGUUCUGUUUUUUAAAAAUGUAAAGAAGACAAGUAAAAACAAAAUUAACUAUGCCCAAUAAAAUACAUUAAGUUUAAUUUCAUUUAUAUAAUUAAAGCAAAAUCAAUUUAAUUUAAUCUUCAUUUGAUUUUUUUUUCAAAAACUUUUCAACAUUAAAAAACUGUUUUUCACUGAUAAUAAUAAAGAAAAAAAAUAUAAAUUUUUGUAGAUUAUAAAUGAUGCCCGAGAAAUAAUCAUUGCCUUCCUAUAGUCUCACAAAUAUUUUUUACAAAUAUAUUGGCCAAAGAUGUAUCAAAAGUUUGAAAUUUUUGAAAGGAAAAUUCUUGAUAAAACUGAUCAACAAAUCUUCUAUAACCUUCAUCUUUCUUGUGGGAAUAUUCAUAGGGAUUUCUUAUCAAAACUUAUGUAUUUCUUUAUAAUGUUGUGAGAUAAUGAACGUAAUUCGCACACAAGAAUAUGGCAGCUUGGAAAUGAAAAUAGUCUUUAGGAGGAAAAGAAACUCCACACUUAGUUGACCGGAUGAAUGGCACGUUUGUUUUCAUUUUGUCGUAUAUAUUUCAUUUUUCUUCAUAUAUGAACAUUUUCAGGAAACAAUUUAAAUGAAGAAAAAAAAAUGGAAAUUAAUUAAUUAUUUAUUAAAAUUACAUAAUACUAUUUUUAUCUGACCUUUUAAAUGUAUUAAAAGGGAAACAAUAAAUAUAACUUUAUAUCACCUAAGUUCGCACAUGGUCUGCCAUUUUCUUGUUAGCUCUUCUCAUUUCUGAUAUAUCAUACCUCAAGUUAUUUAAAAAUCUUGUCUAUUUUUGAUAUAAUAACUUCAUAAAAUAGGAGUAAAGACACUUCUAAAUACAAUAUUAUUUUUAUAUAUAAAGUUCUUUUUAUUAACACCAAAAUUUUAUAUUUUACAUUAAAAGACAAUGCACUAAUAAAAUUAUUUAAAAUAUUUUUGAAUUAUCUAAAACUAUUCAACCACUUAUGAUUUUAAUUAAUAUAUCUAUAAUUUCUUCAAUAUUUUUAGAGCAGUUACACAUAUUUAGCAAUGAUUUUCACUUGUAUAAAUAUAUGUAAAUAUUUAUUUCAUAUGUACAAUUAAAAUAUGAUUCAUUCUAAAAUGAUUAUUUAUUAAUAAGUUUUUUUUAGUAUUUAUCAUUAAUCAAUAAAUCAUAUUAACCAAUUUUUUUGUUAUUUAUGAAUACUUAUUUCUGAGAAUGACUGUAAUCAUAAAAAAGUUAUUGAACUAUAAAAAUGAAAUUAUUAGUUAUUUGAUAUUUGUAGUUAGUGUUACAAUUUGUUGUCAUUAAGUUAUUGUUAAAUUAAUAGUACUCUUAUAUGAUUGUAAUCAAUAUAGGAAGCGUAGAAGACUGUAGUUUUUUGUUAGUAAAAUAUAAGAAAUAUUUUUGCUCAUUUAGCCAUGUAAUAUAAUAGUAAUUAUUAUUAUGUUUUAUAAUAUUGAUUGUUAUAUUUGUAGAACUUAGAGAAAAAAAUGUUUCUUUGUACAUGAUUAAUAAAUGAUAAAAUGAAUAAAUCUUGUGGCCUUUUUUAUUUUAUUUUGUAAUUGAGG